CUUCUUAUUCUGCAAAUGUAUGAGAGAAGCAGAAGUGCUCUCUCUCUCACCCUCCCUCCCUCUUAUUCUCCUUGCCUCUUCCUUCAUCCUGCACUAGCUAGAGAAAUCAGAGACUUCAGAGCUGUCCAGGAGUACUCCGGGAGUCCUCCUGCCCUGGGACUGCGUCUCCUGUCUCCCCACCAGCCUACACUUUAAUGGCCUUGACCUGCCUGAAGAGGGGGAGCCGACACACUCUACACUCCACAGCCACAGAGAGCUCCGCAUUUGGGGAGAUAGCUGCUGUUUGUCCUCCAGCCAUCCCUCUUCUGCCUCUCCUCUCCUCUCCUGUAGACUCCUCACUCACUCCUCGGUCUCUGUGUCCAUGCUCGUCUGAGCAUCCCCUCCUCUCCCUGCCUCGUGGUGACCUCUGACCUCAGAAGGAGAGGGCAGAGCAGGAAGCUCCACAGGGGGCAGGCAGACAGGAGUGCACUUAGAUGGAAGAGUGAGUUGCCGGGGGAUCAGUUUGGUUAUGAGUGCCCGUUCCGGGGUUAUGAUGCAGAUCCUUAGCAGCCUGCAGAAGUCAGGCAGGCUGAAGAUGAUGACUGUGGUCAGGACGUCCCUCCGGAAGGUAGUGGUCUUCUUACAUCGUCUGCAAAGGAUGGCCAUCUCCUCCCCUCGCUACCACAAACUGUACAAGGAUAUCCAGGCGGAAAUUGAUGCUCACAAUGACAUCUUCAGGAGUAUGGAUGGUAAUGUGGUGAAGACAGCGCAGUUGCCAGGCGGUUGGGAAGCAGUCAGGUCGUUGAGCAGCUCCGAGGAGGUCGUCGGCCUGCAGCAGAGGCCCAGAGAGAUGAGCCAUGGCUGGGCAGAGCCAGGGUCUAAGACUGUCAGUUUCAGGGUGCACCUGGAGGCCAGGGCAGAGAGGCGAGGUUGGGUGCUGGGUAUGCUGGAGGACCUGAGAAGGUGGCUGAGUCUGAAAGAGGAAGAGUUCAUCAGCCAUGGGCCCAUCAGUGGGGAAGUUCCCGCCCUGUUGCAACAGCACAGCCUCUGUACGGCACUGCAGAGUGAACUGGAGGCCUGUGAGCCUCUAGUAGUCAGGGCUUUGGAUGAGGCCCACAUGUUCUCGGCUGACCCAUCCACUGAGGAGUUGGAGGAACAGCAAAAGAAUGCGGAAUCAAGAACGGACCUCCCGGCCGAGGAGACGGCCAGUGGCACAGCCAGUAGGGCAGUUGGAGUUAUCCACCAGCGGGCAUCAGAGGUGCGCGGCCGCUGGGAGCGCCUUGUCACCCGCGCAGGCGUCCGGCGACUACAGGCGGACGCAGCCUUGGAGAAGCUGCAGAACCUGAAUGGCAUUUUGGAAAAGCUGAACUUGGGGCUGGACCAGGCAGAGGAGGAGAGGGUGGGGUGGCCCUCUGUUGGAGAUCUGUGUGCAGAUUCUCUUCGGGAGCACAUUGAGAAGGCCACUGUAUUCAGGCAGAACAUGGUGCCCCUGGAGCUUCAGGUGAGGGCUGUGAACAAGCUCUCUGCCGAGCUAUCAGCCCUCUGUGUUCAGCCAUCCUCCACCACAUCCGCACAGAUCGGCAAACUCAACAAACGCUGGAACAUAUUAGAGGAAGCCACAGGGGACAGACUCAGGCAGCUGCAGAUGGCACUGCGGGAUUUUGGACCCAUUUCCCAGCAUUUCCUGUCCACUUCUGUACAACUGCCAUGGCAGAGGGCUGUGUCUCACAACGAGGUACCAUACUACAUCAACCAUGAGACCCAGAGCACCAGCUGGGACCAUCCCAAGAUGACAGAACUCCUCCAUUCUCUUGCUGAUUUGAAUGGCGUGAGGUUCUCAGCCUACAGAACUGCCAUGAAGAGCCGUAGGCUGCAGAAGGCUUUGUGCUUGGAUUUGCUGGGGCUCAGCAUGGCUGAGAAGAUCUUUGAGCAGUAUGGACUCACGUUGAACAACCAGCUUCUGAGUGUGCCUGACGUCGCCCACUGUCUGACCUCCAUAUACGACCUGCUGGAGUGGAACCACAAGGACCUGGUCAAUGUGCCCCUGUGUGUGGACUUGUGCCUCAACUGGCUCCUCAACCUCUAUGACAUAGGUCGAAGUGGGAAGAUUCGAGCACGUUCUGUGAAGAUCGCCGUACUCUCUCUGUCUAAUGGUCAUCUGGAGGACAAAUAUAAAUAUCUGUUCCGACAGGUGGCAGCGCCAGCAGACACUUGUGACCCUGGAGGGCUGGGCCUGCUGCUCCACGACGUUCUUCAGAUCCCGAGGCAGCUCGGAGAGGCCACUGCCUUUGGAGCCAGCAGCGUCCAGCCCAGCAUACACAGCUGCUUUCAACACGUGAACUGCAGGGCAGAGCUGGACCUGGGGCACUUUGUGGACUGGAUGCGCUUGGAGCCCCAGCCCGUGGUAUGGCUGCCAGUCCUGCACCGCGUAGCCGCUGCGGAGACAGCAAAACACCAGGCCAAGUGCAACAUCUGCAAGGACUGUCCCAUAGUGGGCUUCAGGUACCGCAGCCUGAAGCACUUCAACUACAAUGUCUGCCAAGCCUGCUUCUUCUCUGGACGCACCGCCAAGGGCUACAAGCUGAGCACCCCCAUGGUGGAGUACUGCACACCGACGACCUCCGGGGAAGACGUGCGUGACUUCACAAAGGUGCUGAAAAACAAAUUUCGGUCAAAGAAGUACUUUGCCAAGCAUCCUCGUCUUGGUUACCUUCCAGUUCAGAAUAUUCUGGGAGGAGGGGAGAGUUUGGAGACUCGGGUCACUCUCAUUAGCAUGUGUCCAGAGCAGUAUGAGGAUAAGGAGCAGUCCUGCACAGCCCUUGAGGAGGAGUCCAAGCCAACCCGUCCAUGGAGCCCCACACUCAUCUUGCGGGUAGAUUCCAGUCAAACACAGAUCUCCACCCAAAUCCAGGAGGUGGAGCCAAACCAUUUCCAGAACCCUGCCCACAUCUUGCAGAAUGGAGAGAGGGAAGAAUGCAGCAAGCUUGAGCACAUCUCUACCCAACUGGAGACAGAAAAUAGGCCUGGCCUCUUGGACCAUAGCCAGCUGCAAGCACCCCAGCCUCAACCCUACCACUUAAGACACCUCCCACAGCAGGUGAUGUCAAUGCUGUGAAGAUCUCUACUCCCAUGGUUAAAACCUUGACCUUCCCUGAAGAAAAUGCUUAGAAGAUAUGGCAAGGAAUAAUGAGGGAUUCCCCAAAGACUUAGAGACACUGAUGCAAGACCACAGGUCUUUACUUGUGUUGUUUCGUUACUAUGCAACUGUGCAUUUGUAUGCACCAUAGAGCCCAUUCAAGGCUGUUGAAACAUUAGUAAGUGAUUUGUAUGAAUCUGCUAAUGGAUGGGGUAGGCGGCUGGAGGGACUGGGUCUUGGAGAGAUUAGGUUGUAGUAAAUGCCUCUUUGGAUAUAAAUGGAAAUCCAGCUGUUUGUGACAUCCCUUGGCUUUCUGAAGAGCACAGAGCAUCUUCACCCUUGAUCAUUACCAUCACCUAUCCAUUUUGAUUUAGUGUGAGUGUAUAAAUGACUUCAUGUACCGUUAUGAUAUUGCUUUGUGAUACUGUUUCAUCCAUCACUAUGUGCUGCACAUUCCAAAGUAUAUGUGUUUGAGGUCUGUUUUUAUAGUAUUUGUGAUGAAGACUUGCAGCAGUUGACGUAUUGUUGCUAUAGGUUAUUCCUAAUGGGCAUACAACAUGUUAUAUUGCAUUUUUCGCAUAGUAUUUAUUGAAAUUUAAUUUGUAUAAUGUAUUUCACAUAAGAAAGCCAUGGCUGUCUUGCUACCUCAAAGACUCUCUCAUAAGCACGACCUGGACUUUGAUUUGUCUGGAAUCAGCCAUUUCAGAAGAAUAAGGUUGCAUUCACACUGGAUGUCUUUUGUCAGCUAGAAAACUCAAGACACACUAUCUGUUUUGAUUUUAUGAAACUUACUCAUAAAAUCAGAAGCUUGAAAAAAGUGUGGAAGCUCCUUUUUUGCUGUUAAACCCACUCUGCUCCUGUCAAUCACUUGUGUAACGUAUUUAAUGGAUUUAGCCAACUAAUUUCACCGGAAAAUAACUUGCCAUUUGCAGUAUGUCAACAUAGUGCUAAUUUGUUGCAGUGCCUUGGGCCACUUAUUUUUGUCUUGGUAGUUAUGAUCUGUGAAAUUGUUCAACUUCAAGUGGCCAGAAACUGUAACGACCAACUUCUCUUUCAUCUUUAUUUAGCUACAGGGGAAGUUUAUGGCAGAAUCAAGGCCUGCCUCUUUUUUCAUGCGAUUGAGCACCAUAGAAAAGAAUGACAGUGACGCUGGGCGCCCUGGGGAUAAACGUGCGGCACCUGGCACAAUAAAGCAACACAAAAAAAUGCUUAAAACUGAUUGGAAAUUAUUCUAAAAAAGGUGCCCCAGCUGUUAAAGUGUAUCUGGUGUGAACUCCAAAACAUGUCUAUUUCCCUGUGGCCCCAAUGACCUUUUCUGCGAAAAAAGAGAGAUUCAAAUUCUGUGCCAUGCUAUAAUGUAAUUAUGUGAUGUCUUAGGGUGGUGAUAAUGUGGAUGUAUUUGGAGUCAUACAGUACAUGCCAGUCACCUUGCAUCUAACAUUGCACCAUAUGUUGUUCUGAAUAAAAGGUUUUAUGGUAAGUUA